AUUGAACUGAACUUAAGUGUAAUUUUCCCCCGAAAUUCCUUCAUCUCAUACUUGGCGGUUGGCAGCGCAGGCAGUUUUGGUUGAUCCAAAGUCGUCCAAUAGGCGAAAACCAGACGGAAGCAAGCCAUGGAAAAGCCGGGGAAUGCUGUCGGAGACAAAACGACGUCGUCUUAACUCUUCAAACUUGUCCAAUAAUCAAUUGUUGUCAGCGGAGUUUUCAGAGACCAAGGGACGAGACGACCUUAACUCCUUCAGAACUACGUAAAGAAGAAAUCAUACAUUCUCUCUCCGUGAAGUUUCGUUCGUCCCUUUGUUCCCACCCAUCACGCUCUUUCCUAUGUGCUCUAAUUUCCUCAAUCUUUUCACUUUCAACUUCCUUUCCUUUCUUGAAUUAGAUCGUCUGGAUCGAUCAAGUUCUUGCUGACCUCCCCGAGGCGUGGUCAUCUGGUAAUACUCUAGAGCUGCAUUUUAUAGCUGCUUUUCAUCUGCAAGCGAGGUCAUAAGUGUGAUGAGAUUUUAUGAUUAAAACUGAUAACCAGAUGGAUAGGAAACAACAUAUUGCUAUUUUCACAACUGCCAGCCUUCCAUGGUUGACGGGAACUGCUGUGAAUCCUCUGUUUCGUGCUGCAUAUCUUGCCAAAGAUGGGAAAAGAGAUAUAACUUUGGUGAUCCCUUGGUUAUCUUUAGAAGAUCAAGUUCUUGUCUAUCCCAACAACAUUACAUUUGGUUCACCCUUGGACCAAGAGCAUUAUGUCCGGCAGUGGCUUGAGGAGAGGAGAUAGUUGCAAUGGCAGCCCCCACCCCAACAAGCGCGCAAAGGAAAAAAAACACAUGUACAUGAACAUACGCAAAUAAAGGACUGUGGUUCAUUCUUUGAAAUCAUGAUUGAUAAAUAUUAUGUUUUACUUGAAUUGUUAACAAGGUUUUCUAUUGGAAAUUAUGGUGGGUUUAGGGUUAUUACUGUAUAUUGAUUCAUUGGAGUGUUACUGUUAUAAGUUAUACGAUUUCUCAUCAAAAGUUUUUGGUUAAUAUCCACUAAUUUGGUCUUAUAGUCUGAAUCUUGAACCAUCCAUCAGUUUGUGAAGUUUUGUUAUUGUUUCUUUGUAUUUACUCCCUCCGGUCCGAUAUAUAAGCUUCAAAUUUGGGAAUGAGUGUGGUCCAUUUUAGAAGCUUCAAUUUAGGGUUUGUCUUAACAUUUAAUGCAUUUUUCCAAUUUUGUCCUUAAUUAUUGAUCUCUCUCCUUUGACACACAAUCUCUUAUCACAUUUCCCCACACAAUCUCUUUCAUCAUUUCUCUCAUUUAUCAUAAGGGCAUAUUUGGAAACAAAAGUAUAUUUCCAUCCUAUUUAUUGCUUUUAACUAAUUUUAACUAAUUGUUUGUUAUCCAUGAAUUAGUUUUUUGAAGCUUAUAAUAAGGACCGGAAGGAGUAUUAUUUACUUGCAAUCAUGUUUGAACUGAAACUGUGUUUUUCUACGAUCCUAGCAUCAAUUUCUCAUGUAUGUUGAAUUAAAUUAUGAUAUAACUAGACAUGCAGUUUUCUAGAGAUAAAAGGAGCAUUCUUGGUGUUGGAGAUAUUUCAGAAAUCAUCCCCGAAAAAGAAGCAGAUAUUGCUGUUUUGGAGGAGCCAGAGCACCUAACAUGGUAUCACCAUGGUAAAAGUUGGAAAGCUAAAUUUCAGCUAGUUGUAGGAAUUAUUCACACUAACUAUCUGGAAUAUGUGAAGAGAGAGAAGAAUGGAAGGAUGAUCUCCUUUUUGGUGAAAUAUAUGAACGAUUGGGUUGUUGGUAUAUAUUGUCACAAGGUAAUUAGACUAUCUGCUGCUACCCAGGACUACUCUGGUUCCAUUGUCUGUAAUGUUCAUGGAGUAAAUCCCAAAUUCCUUGCAAUCGGAAAGAAAAAGAUAGAGCAACAACAGAAAGGAGAUCAAGCCUUUACCAAAGGUGCCUACUACAUCGGGAAGAUGGUAUGGAGCAAAGGAUACAAGGAGCUGCUUAAACUUCUUCGCAACCACCAGAAGGAAUUAGCUGGGCUUGAAGUUGAUUUAUUUGGCAGUGGAGAGGACUCAGAUGCAGUUCGACAAGCUGCAGAGAAGUUGGAACUAGCAGUUAGAGUUCACCCAGCGUGUGAUCAUGCUGAUCCUCAAUUUCACGACUACAAGUUGUUUCUUAAUCCUAGCUCAACAGAUGUGGUUUGCACAACAACUGCUGAAGCUUUGGCUAUGGGCAAGGUUGUUGUAUGUGCCAAUCAUCCCUCAAAUGAGUUCUUCAAGCAGUUCCCAAAUUGUUGGACAUAUGACAAUGAUAAAGGAUUUGUUAGAGCCACACUAAAAGCACUGAAUGAAGAGCCUGUUCAGCUUACCGAUGCUCAUAGACAUGAGCUUUCAUGGGAGGCUGCCACCGAACGUUUUCUCAAGGCUGCUGAACUGGACAAGCCACUUGUGAAACAAUUGUCGAGAAGUACAUCGAAUAACUACCUGUCUACAUCAUUAAAUGUGCAGCAGAGAGUGGAGGAUGUAUCUACAUAUAUACAUCAUAUUGCUUCUGGGUUUGAAGCAUCUAGAAGACUAUUUGGUGCAAUUCCAGGUAGCCUGCAACCAGAUGAACAGCUAUGCAAGGACCUUGGGUUAGCUACUUCUGGGAAUCAAGGGUCAAGAAAAUGAUUUCAGACGCUGUGAUUUUAUUUUUUUCUGGGGUGAGAUUUCUUGCUUAUUCUGGUCUCAAGGUCUUACCAAUAAAGGUUAGGUCUAACGAAAAGAGCUAGUCUCUCAUAACAUAAUAAAUUAAGGUUCUAAUCCCUAUUGGAAGAUGUGCCUAUGUUUAAUGCCUGACAGUAUCUCGAUUAUGAUUGCCUCUAAUAGAAAGAUACAUAUACUUUAGGUGGGAAAAAAAAA